UAAUUUCCGAACGAAAUAAUGUGUUGCUAUUUGAAGUUCACCAAAACUUUCUACCAUUAAUAAACAAAUCAAAAUGCUUUUUAUUUAUAAUAAGAUAAUUAAAAUAUAAUAUCACAAUUUAAAAUAGUAAAGUAUUAUUUUAAUUAUUUCUACACCUCACUGAAAGUACAUCUAAAAUUCUUUGCAAGAAAACAAAUAGUCAGAAAAUUACUAUAGUUUUUUCGGGAACGUUUUGAAGUUCUUAACUGGCAACACCUGGACCCGUUCUUUCAUUUCCAAAGGAAAAUAACAAACGGAAUGGCUGACGCAGCGCCAUCGACAGCGCCUAAGGCGAAAGUGCCUAAAACUAAGGCACCCAAAGAGAAGGCCGCCAAGGCUGCCCCUGCGGCGCCCGCAGAGCCUCCAAAGGCGGUGCGCAAAGUGUCAUCGAAGCCCCGUCACGGCAGGCUGUACGCCAAGGCCGUGUUCACAGGCUACAAACGUGGUCUGCGCAACCAGCACGAGAACACAGCUCUCCUGAAGAUCGAGGGAGCAAAGAGCCGUGAAGACGCAGACUUCUACGCAGGCAAGCGUUGUGUAUAUGUAUACCGCGCCAAGAAGAGGACGCCCAUCGCUGGUGGACCCCGUGGCAAGAAGACCAAGCUGCGCGCCAUCUGGGGCAAGGUGACCAGACCACACGGCAACUCCGGUGGAGUGCGUGCUCGCUUCCGCUCCAACCUGCCCGCGCAGGCUAUGGGACACAGGAUACGCGUGAUGUUGUAUCCCUCCAGGAUCUAAGACUCUUCCUGUUAAGUAAUAUAAGCAUAAAAUAAAACCCAAAAAAAUUUA